AUGGAGCCGGCAGAUAGAGUGGCCGCUGGUUUCUUCUUGUGGGCCUUGUACGCGCGAGCACGAUACUCGGAUGCUCAGGCGGCCGGUGCACUGUUCUGUGACUUGAGUAACACCGAAGAUGGGGUGGUGGGGUAUUUGGAAGCUCCGGUGGAGAGAAGCAAGACCUCCUUUUCUUUGGAGAGAAAGGUCAGAUAUUUGCACAUGUUCGCCCCCAUUGAAGGGGUCGGAGAACUGGCUUGGGGGCUCCCUUGGUUUGAGUUCUACAAAGUGCAUGGGCCCCCGCUGGGGCCAGGCAAGCCGUUGCUGCCAUGCCCUCUCACCGGGGGUGGCUGGCAGUCUGCACCGCUUAGCGUGGCCAGUGCGACUAAAUGGUUGAAGGCCCUUCUUAUUAGAGCGGGGUGUGAUCGCAGCAUCGUGGAUCUUUUGGGCACCCACAGCCUUAAGGUUACGCCUCUUUCUUGGUGUGCGAAGUUUGGACUUUGCCGGGAAAUAAGGGCAACGCUGGGAUACCAUGCCAAGGGUCGUGAUGGCACAGAGUUGGUGUAUGGCCGUGACAACAUGGCGAAGCCCGUUAGGGAAUUUCAAGAGGUGAUUUUGCAAAUUGCUCUUGAUAAGUUUCGCCCUGAUGCCACCAGAUCGGGUUUCUUCGUGAAAAGUUCCCGUGAGCCGGAAGGCGAGCCUCUGCCGCCAGACGAGGUUUUGUCCGACUCGUCAUCUGAGGCCAGUGAUGAUGCGGAAGACGUUGAUCACGAGGCGGCCGAGGGAGCUGCCGAUGAGCUUGGUCAUCAGUGGGAGCCUGAUCCGGGGCUAAGGGAAGAGCUGGCUGCUGUACCACUUUUCAGGAAUCGUGACAGUCGUUUCAUUCAUGCUGCCGCUUCAGAAGAAGGCGACAAGUUCAGGCGGCUGGCCUUCAUCUCAUCGUUCACUCCAGGGCAGACUGAUGAGGAGCCACUCAUGAAGGUCCUCAAGGACCUUCUUAAAAGGGAUCUUGCGAUUGCAGACAAGGCCAAUUGGAGAGCCAUUUUUAACGAAGCAUUCGCCAUCGUCACUGCAGAGAUGAAACAGAGGGUCGAGAAGGCUGAUCCUGAGUCCACCGUUCGCCCCUUGUCACAACCGGAGCGAUCGGAGAGAUACGAGAGGCAGGCNNAGGCCAAGAAGCUUACUGGUAUUUCUCUGAAAGGCCCUUUGGAGCCAGCGGACGCUUUGGUAGACUUGGCAGUGGCCUCUUACGAGGCAAACGAGUUGCGUUACAUUCCUUGGGAGAGGUUCACCGUGGAGGAGUCCUCGGGGAAGCUUAAAAUUGAACAGAAGCAGCCGGAGCUUGUUGCAGAUACAUCAACGGAAAUUCUUGUGCAACAGGCCCUGACCAGGAGGGCUCUGGCGCUGGACCAGACCAACUUGAUCGACUUCAGUGUUUCGGACAAGUGGACUCAGAGGCUCAUGAAGGCCCGCAUGCAGGCCCCGGCUGAUAAUUUCGCAAAGCCCACCUGGAAACAGUUGGAGUCCGCUGAUCGCCAGUUGUUCAACGAGCUCAGGGAUUUGACCAGGGCGGGAGUUCAGACCACGGCAGCUGGCCGUCCGUUGGAUGGGCUGUUGCCUAACACCAUGUACAUGAACGAGGUGGCCUGCUUGCUUCAGCCUUUCCCCGUCCCGUCCGUACGUGAAGGUGCGGCAAGGGCUCCCGCGAUCCCAGGUGAGAGGCCCACCCCUUACGGCAGGGGCGGGAAGGGCAAAGGAAAGACCAAGACCCGGUUCAUGACCAGGCUCCCACCGGGGCUUGAGGGGUGCCGAUCCUGCACAAAUCGUGGUGACCCGAUUUGUUUUGCAUUCAACCUUGAAGGGUGUGCUACAAAGGGCCAGAGAUGUGAGAAGGGGCUGCACAUUUGUGCAGUGCCGAAAUGCGGUGCCCACAACCAUGGUGCUGCAAAGUGUCCGAAGCGGGCACAGGGAGGUUCGUGA